AUGGCAGUUUUGCCGACGCUCGAAGCCACCGACUGCUUGGAAUCACAGCCGGAGCUGCUCCACAGCCUCAAGCACAGCAGCAGCGUGCUCGCUCUCGCCGUCAGUCCCGAACACGACUCCAUCUAUGCUGGGACGCAGGAUGGUGAGAUCGUCGUCUGGUCGUUGUCUACCUUUCAUCAGGUCCAGCAAGUCCAGGCGCAUAAGCGGAGUGUCAUGUCGCUUUCUCUCUCUCCCGACGGCAACUAUCUGUUCUCGAGUGCCUGCGAUCCAAUCAUCAAUGUGUGGUGCCCUCGAUCUCUCCGCCGCCUCUAUGAAAUCUAUGGCAAUCACGAUGUUGGUGACAUCUUCUCCACGGCGUACAGCCCGCAGCACGACACUCUAUACAUUGGUGCGCAGAACAUGACGAUCCAAUGGGUCAGCCUGAGUGAUCCGACCACAAAGUCGACUCCUGACUCCCAGCGACAUCCCGAUCGAAGAAGCCAUCGAUUUUUCGACUCCAAAGCCAUUGGCGGAACAAGCACCCCGAGACGGAGCGAGGACAAAUGGGGAUUGAUUCCCCAAGCCAAAGCUGUCCUAGAAAUCGACGGUGGUGCGGUUCGCAAGUUUGCCCACUACGGAUACGUAUACUGCAUGCUUAUUGCAAAGGGCCCUACAGUUGAGGCUGGUCCCGAGGAAGAGGUGCUGAUCUCGGGUGGCGGAGAUGGUACAAUCAAACUGUGGUGCCUUGGUAAGCCCGGCAGAAGCGAUGAGAGCGAUCCCCAGCGCAGUGGCCUCCGAGAGAUCAUGUCGCUCGGUACUGACGAUGGCGAGUCGGUGCUGUCUCUGGCACGGGAUGGUUCGUUUUUAUAUGCCGGAAAGCUUGACGGUAUCGUGGAGCUCUGGGACUUGGACACUGCCCAGAGACUGAGAGUGAUAAAGGCGCAGAACCACGACAUCAUGUCGCUCCAGAUGGGCUGGGGAUACCUUUGGACUACGUCUGCUGAUGGCUGGGCCAAUAAAUUCAGCACGGCGCAUUAUGGAAAUUAUCAGCAUGUCUCAAGAAACGUCACCGAAAAGUACAAGUGCCUCAGUCAGUGGAAAGCACACAAUGGCAAAGAAAAAAGCAAGAUAUUGGCAUCGGCUUGUUCAACUUACAAGAACGAGCGAUACUACAUCACGGGAGCCAACGACAACGACAUCUGUGUGUGGAACAUCAAGGAUGAAGCAGAUGCCCAAUUAGGCUCCAAGAGUCAAGCUGAGGAUGAUGUCCUUCUCUCCGCCCUGACGGAAUUUGUUUCAUACAAGACCAUCUCAUCCCGGCCCGAGUUUGCAGAGGACUGUCGCAAAGGCGCCACAUAUCUCGGUGCACUGUUUAAGCGUAUGGGCGGAUAUGUUGAAAUGCUCAGCACCGAAGAGUCGCACAACCCCGUCGUAUUAGCAAAGUUUUCCGGAAAGAAGGAGGCCGCUGACAAACGGAAGCGAAUUCUCUUUUAUGGACAUUACGAUGUGGUGUCGGCUGAUAACGAAAAGUGCAAAUGGGCGACCGAUCCCUUUACCGUCCACGGAACUAAUGGAUUUCUCUAUGGACGGGGCAUCAGCGAUAACAAAGGCCCUAUCCUCGCCGCACUCUUCGCCGUGACGGACUUGAUGCAGGCGCAGAAGCUGGAAAACGACGUCAUCUUCUUGAUUGAGGGAGAAGAGGAGUUUGGGUCCAGAGGAUUCGAACAAGUAGUCCAGAGGAACAAGGAACGUAUUGGCCCCGUAGACUACAUCCUGCUGGCCAAUAGUUACUGGCUGGAUGACGAGGUUCCAUGUCUGACCUAUGGGCUGCGUGGCGUCCUCCACGCUACAGUCUGCGUCGAUUCAUCGCGCCCUGAUUCACACUCCGGAGUUGACGGUUCGCAUAUCAAUGACGAACCCCUUUCGGACCUCACAACGGUUCUGUCAAGACUAAAGGGUCGUGGCAAUCGAGUCUUGAUUCCGGGCUUUUAUGACGGCAUUCCGCCAGUGACAAAGGAGGAAGAGGCUCGCUACGAUGAUAUUGCCUCCAUUCUACUGCGCCGCAGCACGGAAGCUGUCUCCGAGGCAGCAAUCAAGAGGUCGCUCUUGGCGAGGUGGCGGGAACCAAAUUUGACGAUUCAUCGGUACAACGUGUCGGGACCAGACGGCAGUCUAGUCAGCAGCCAUGCUAAUGCGCACAUCAGCAUGAGACUAGUACCUGGGCAAGAGGUGGAUGUGGUGGCAACGGCACUCACAAGCUUCCUGCGACGAGAGUUUGCAGGCCUCGAGUCAGAAAAUCGGAUGAAGAUUCGCAUCGAUAACAAAGCCGAGCCGUGGCUGGGUGAUCCAACAAACUACAUUUUCCGCACCCUGUGUGAUGCCAUCGUGGAGGCUUGGCCUGAGCGCUUUGAGGCGCGUCAAGGAGUCACUCAAAAGACGAGUCCAAGCGAAGACGGUAAUGCACCUCGCCAGGAGUCACCCGAACCCACCAUAUGCAAGCCAAAGAAGCCCCUAUACAUUCGUGAAGGUGGCUCCAUCCCAGCUAUUCGCUUCCUCGAGAAGGAAUUCGGAGCGCCGGCGGCACACCUGCCGUGCGGGCGGGCCAGUGACUCGGCACACUUGGACAAUGAGCGGAUGAGUCUCAUCAACCUGGUCAAGGCAAGGGAGAUUUUCGGCAAGGUGUUUGUUAGGCUCUAA